AUGGAAGAAGAAAAGAAGAAUGAAAUUCUAGAGUCAACAGCCAUCACCUAUAGUGAUGCGACAGAUAUAGAUCCUGCUCCUUCUUAUAUAGAACAUGCUGACACUCAAGGUCCUGAACCCACAGAUGAAGAUUGGGCUGAAUUACCUGAAGUAGCUGAUUCAAUCCCCAAGGCUGCAUUUUUGGUCAUUCUAGUCGAGUUUUGUGAAAGAUUCACUUACUAUGGUCUCUCCGGACCCUUUCAAAACUACAUUCAGAAUCCUGAGCCCCCAUCAUAUCCCGCCGAGCUACCUGGUGCUAUGGGCAAAGGUCAACAAACUGCUACUUCAUUAACUACCUUUUUCCAGUUCUGGUGCUAUAUCACUCCUGUAUUUGGUGCUAUUGUUGCUGAUCAGUUUUGGGGUAAAUACAAGACAAUUCUUGUAUUCGCCAUUGUCUACUUUGUCGGUUUAAUCAUCUUGACUCUCACAUCCAUUCCUCCGGGUAUUGCAAGCGGCGCCGCUUUUCCCGGUUACAUUGUAGCUAUCAUUAUCAUCGGUCUUGCUACGGGUGGUAUUAAGGCUAAUGUAUCUCCUUUGGUCGCUGAGCAAUACCGUAGUAAAUCCGCCUAUGUGAAAACCCUCAAGAAUGGCAAACGUGUCAUUGUCACUCCUCAAGUUACUUAUCAAAAGAUUUUCAACUACUUUUAUUUUUCUAUCAAUAUUGGUUCUCUCUCGGCCAUUGCCACUACCGAAUUGGAGAAGAAUGUCGGUUUCUGGCCAGCCUUCCUCUUGCCUACACUCAUGUUUAUUCCAGCAGUCGUUAUUGUCCUUCUCGGUCGUAAGCAUUACGUGCAAACUCCUCCUCGUGGCUCCGUAUUCAUGGAGGCAGGUAAACUAUUCUGGCUCGCCAUCAAGACCAAAAGCUUGGAGGCCUGUAAACCCUCUAAUCUCACUCGCAGUCGCCCCGAAUUGGUUGAAAAAUGUACUUGGGAUGAUGUGUUCGUCGAUGAGCUGAAGCGUACCUUGAAGGCAUGUGUCGUAUUUUGUUGGUUCCCCAUCUACUGGUUAUGCUAUUCUCAAAUGACCAACAAUUUGGUUUCUAUGGCUGGUACCAUGAUGACUGGCAAUGUUCCCAACGAUAUCAUGCAAAAUAUUGAUCCCAUCGCUUUGAUUAUCUUGAUUCCCCUUAUGGACAAAUUAUUCUAUCCUUUCCUCCGUAAAGUGAAUAUUCCCAUGCGUCCGAUUACUCGUAUCACCUGCGGUUUCUUCUUUGCUGCCGCAUCCAUGGGCUAUACUGCUGGUAUUCAAGCCAAGGUGUAUGCUUCUCCUCCUUACUAUGAUGAUCCUCAAGGUAGACAAAACUGGAUUUCUGCAGCUUAUUUGAUCCCCUCUUAUGUCUUGAUCGCCAUCUCUGAAGUGUUUGCUUCUAUCACUGGUAUGGAAUUGGCCUACAAGAAGGCUCCUCAGUCUAUGAAGUCUAUUGUUAUGGCUCUGUUCUUGCUCACCAAUUGUUUUGCCUCUAUCAUUGCUUUUGCUUUGGUUUCCGUUACUGUCGAUCCCAAGUUGGUCUGGAUGUACACUGGUAUUUGUGGCGCUAUGUUUAUCUGUACUAUUCUCUUUUAUAUCUGUCACCACAAGAUGGAUGAAACUGAUGCCGCUGAAGAUGCCAUUCAACGUGAUGUUGAGAACAUUCAGAAGCAAGCUGUCCUUGAUGAAGAAGAAGUUGUUGUUGAAUAUGAAGCUCAGAAGAAUAUCUAA